AGAAUGAGCAACUCAGAGCCCAGCACAUCAACUCCCUCAGGAAAAACAAAGAAGCGCGGGAAAAAGUGCGAAACUUCUAUGGGAAAAUCGAAGAAAUCGAAAAAUUUGCCUCGCUUUGUGAAAAUUCAGCCAAUUUUUUCAUCUGAAAAAAUCAAGGAGACCGUGUGCGAACAAGGAAUUGAAGAAUGUAAACGUAUGCUUAAAGGCCACUUCAAUGCUAUCAAAGAUGACUAUGACAUUCGAGUAAAAGACGAGCUGGACACAGACAUCAAAGAUUGGUUGAAGGAUGCGAGCAGCAGUGUUAAUGAAUAUCGCAGAAGGCUGCAAGAAAAUUUAGGAGAGGGCAGAACUAUCGCAAAAUUUUCAUUCAAAAACUGUGAAAAAUACGAAGAAAACGACUACAAAGUCUCCGAUUCCACAGUUACAUGGAUCAAACCGGAUCGAACGGAGGAAGGAGAUUUGAUGAAGAAGUUUCGUGCUCCGUGUUCACGUAUCGAGGUUGGCGACAUUUCCCCGCCAAUGAUAUACUGGGUUCCAAUCGAGCAAAGUGUGGCGACUCCGGAUCAGCUGCGGCUCACGCAUAUGCCGUAUUUUGGCGAUGGUAUUGACGAUGGGAAUAUCUAUGAGCAUUUGAUUGAUAUGUUCCCAGAUGGAAUUCAUGGAUUUUCGGACAACUGGUCCUAUGUCAAUGAUUGGAUACUCUACAAACUAUGCCGUGCUGCGCUCAAAGACUACCAAGGCAGCCCAGACGUAUUCUACUACACCCUCUACCGUCUAUGGCCAAACAAAAGUUCACAGAGAGAAUUUUCGUCGGCUUUUCCCGUUUUGUGCGAGAACUUUGCUGAAAAAGGAUUCGAUCCGUCGAGCCUCGAACCAUGGAAGAAGACAAAAAUCGCUGAAGGUGCUCAAAAUCUUCGAAAUCCGACGUGUUACGCGUGCCUCGCAUAUACAUGUGCGAUUCACGGAUUCAAAGCCGAAAUUCCAAUCGAGUUUCCGAAUGGUGAAUUCUAUAAUGCGAUGCUUCCGCUGCCAAAUAACCCGGAAAAUGAUGGAAAGAUGUGUUCUGGAAAUUGCUGGAAAUCGGUGACGAUGAAAGAAGUUUCAGAAGUUCUUGUGCCGGAUUCUGAAGAAAUUCUGCAGAAAGAAGUGAAGAUUUAUUUCAUGAAAUCAAGAAUUGCAAAGAUGCCGAUUGAAGAUGGAGCGCUCAUUGUGAACAUUUACGUGUUCAAUACAUAUAUUCCAUUCUGCGAGUUUGUCAAAAAAUAUGUCGACGAAGACGACGAGGAAAGCAAAAUUCGUUCAUGUCGUGACGCAUAUCAUCUAAUGAUGUCGAUGGCAGAAAAUGUGAGCGCCCGACGACUUAAAAUGGGACAACCGUCGAAUAGAUUAAGUAUCAAGGAUCGAGUCAACAACUUCCGUCGUAAUCAGUUGAGUCAGGAGAAGGCGAAGCGUAAGCUGCGUCACGACAGUCUGCGUAUUCAAGCAUUGAGAGAUGGUCUGGAUGCGGAAAAAUUGAUUCGAGAAGAUGAUAUGCGUGAUUCUCAGCGAAAUAGCGAGAAAGUUCGCAUGACCGCGGUGACGCCAAUCACAGCGUGUCGACAUGCGGGCCCAUGCAACGCGACAGCCGAAAAUUGUGCAUGUCGUGAAAACGGAGUGUGCUCGUACAUGUGCAAAUGCGAUAUAAACUGUUCUCAGCGAUUCCCGGGAUGCAAUUGCGCCGCCGGUCAGUGCUACACGAAGGCUUGCCAGUGCUAUCGAGCCAAUUGGGAAUGUAAUCCGAUGACGUGUAAUAUGUGCAAAUGCGACGCCAUCGACUCGAACAUAAUAAAAUGCCGCAAUUUUGGAAUGACUAGAAUGAUCCAAAAACGAACGUAUUGCGGGCCAUCGAAAAUAGCAGGCAAUGGACUUUUCUUGUUGGAACCCGCCGAAAAAGACGAGUUCAUUACGGAAUACACUGGUGAACGAAUUUCCGAUGAUGAAGCCGAACGACGCGGUGCGAUAUAUGAUCGAUAUCAGUGCAGCUACAUUUUUAACAUUGAAACCGGGGGUGCGAUCGAUUCGUACAAAAUUGGAAACUUGGCACGAUUUGCCAAUCAUGACAGCAAGAAUCCGACGUGCUACGCGAGAACGAUGGUUGUCGCCGGAGAGCACCGAAUUGGGUUCUAUGCGAAGAGACGGCUUGAGAUUAGUGAAGAGCUCACAUUUGACUACAGUUAUUCUGGAGAACAUCAGAUAGCGUUCAGGAUGGUCCAAACCAAGGAGAGAUCCGAGAAGCCCAGCAGGCCCAAAAGCCAGAAACUCUCCAAACCAAUGACUUCUGAAUAAUCUUUUUUCUUGACUUUUUUUCUUAAAUUUUUCCCGUUGAUAUCACUUUCAAAUCUCAAGAUCUACUUGUUUAACUGUUAUUUCCCUAGAAUCUCAUGUUUCUGAAUACAUUUUCCUUCCUUCAAAUUUCUGAAAACCAUAAAUAUAAUCGAAUC